AUGGAUACAAACAACAACUCCAGACGAUUUCGCCGCCAUAGACCGUCCAGGGCUCGCGGCUUGAGAACUUCAACGGGCUGUCUCACGUGUAGAAGAAGACGCGUCAAGUGUGACGAAGGCAAACCCAGCUGUAUCCAGUGUUCCAAAUCCGCUCGAGAAUGCACUUAUGGGCAGCCGCAACGUGGACUUGUGCAAGCGGAUCAGGACACCCCCGAAGAAGCCGACGUUCGUGGCGAUACAAUCCCUGGAGCAUCCUACACAGAAAACAGCGAAACUGGUGGCUUAAGCGCUGCUCACCAAACACGUGAUGCUGAGAAUGACCGACCCAGCAUUGAGGGAACAACCAGCUACCAAGAUGACUUCCAAGUCCUAGUCGAACCUUCUGGCACAUUCCAGCUCCACGACUCCGGCGACACUCCCCAAGACGACCAGUCAGAGAAAACUAGUGAUGGAAUUUUACCCAAUAUAGACUUUGACCUUGCUGCGUCUCCGUUAGCUAGGAGCCAAGUAUCGCUACUCAACAUCUCGCCCUUCGAAUGGUACGACCUCCUAGCGCAGGAUGCCAUCUCUCAAAUCCAACGGUUAAACAAUGCUUCAAAUGGCGAACCACGAUGGAACUUUGAUGAGAGCACACUCUCCCGUCGGCAGUCACCCGUCCCGAGAUCUAUCGACACCGAUUCCUAUACACAAGACCGUCACGGUAGCGGUCUCGGAGUAUCCGUGGUUGAUAACGACGCGGCCGACAAACCAUGGAACACCUUGGAGAGCAUCCAGCUCUCGCCAGCCGACCUUCGCUUCUUUCGUUACUACACUGAGAUAGUUGGACCGAUACUCGAUCUAUUUGAUCAAGCGCGUCAUUUUACCAAUGUCGUACCUCACCUCGCGCUACGCAACUCGGGGCUAUUGAAGGCAAUACUUGCAGUCGCAGCGAAACACAUGUCUCUUGGCGUCAAAGUAGGGCAGCCACAGAGUCAUGGCGGAACCUCGAGCGAAGGUAGCUCAUCGUCGCCAGAGGGAACUACAGGCAGUAGCCAACAAGCAGAACAGAGUCAAAUACCUGCGCACAUGGCCACACGGUACUACUACGAGACCCUCCAGUAUCUUUCGCAUACUCUACUCUAUCCGUCGUAUGCAGAAUCCCACGAGAUAUUGGCCACGGCUAUAAUGAUCAGCACAUAUGAAAUGUUUGACGCUGGUGGGACUUCGACAAGCGGCAAUUGGGAACGCCACCUACGAGGUGCUUUCUGGAUCCAACGUUCUCAAGACAACGACGGCGAGUCGGUUGACGGGCUGAGACGAGCUGUGUGGUGGGCGUGGCUUAGACAAGAUAUAUGGGCAGCUUUCCGAGCCGGGAGGCCGACCCUUACUAUCUGGCGCCCUAAGAAGAGGCUCGAAGAUCUCGAUUCUGACGAGCUUGCUACGAGAAUGGUCUACAUAUGUGCCAAGUGCGUCGAGUUUGCAGCUCUGGACAAGACCUCGCCUAGUCAAGAUAUACAACAGAAGAUUGAGCAUGGUGAUAGACUUCUUCAAGCCCUCGAAAAUUGGUAUCGUGUCCUUCCUCCCUCGUACAAGCCAGUAAUGGUCACGACGGAACCCAACAUCAUAAACCGGGCAUCCUCAACCUCCGAGUCUCAGACAAGGUUCCAGCCCAUAUGGUUUCACCCGCCCAACCACGCCGGUGCCAUGCAGAUGUAUCACUUUUCCAAGGCUAUCGUACUACUAAACCAGCCUUCGACCGGCGGUCUCAACGCAUACCGUCAACGUCAAAAAGCCCUUAACGAAAGCCUCCAUAUGGUUUGCAGCAUCGCAAAUACCUGCCAAAAGGGCGAGCCUGCGAUGGCCUUUGUCAAUGUCCAGGCUAUAUUUGCUGUCGGCCAGUGUGUGCAGAUGCCAGAGAAGCAGGCUGCACUCCUUGAUACUUUGGAUAGGAUGUUGGAGAUUAGUAAGUUCCCCGCUGCAGGGCUAGUAGCGGAUCUUAAGCGCAUGUGGCAAGAAUAA